AUGGACCCUGCCGCAGACGACCUUGAGUCCAUCCAGGAGGCUGAGACUCGGUUGAACUUCGAGGAGAGGGAGAUCGACCUCGACAGACGCUCUCUUCAACUUGAGAGGGAUAGGGAGGAGCUGAGAAAAAAACAAGAGAGAGACGCCAUGAAGAAGGAUGGAGCUCGUGCUACUCCGGUAUCACAGCACCCUAUGGAAGCCACAGAUUCUAAUAGCCGGGAAAAUUCAACCGUGACGGUGAUACCAUCCUCCCCACAAGCUACGACAAACCCGGAUACAAACAUUUCAGACCCGUCCGCUGGAGGUAGAGUCGUUGGGAACGGCAAUCCCGAGGACGAACCCCGCCCAGCGCUAUUCGAAUCUGAUCGACCUGGACUAGUCAGUGGCUCGUUGAGAAUCCCCCCCUCUCCUCUAGUUCCCUGCACUGGAAGCAGAUCAUCAUAUCCCGGAAUUGUCAAUAGGACAAUCCGCAAUUCUGAGAAUCAUGAUACGCCAACAGAUGUCGGGACUGAAUCUAACUCAACCAAGGAAGCUACAGCAAGGGAGAAGCGUAGACGCAAGCUUUACAAGCCCCAUAAUUAUGUUGACAAUAAGUAUGAGAUAUUCACGGUCCCAAUAUGGUGGGAAGUGGUGGCAGAACCAUUCUUCGAUAAUUACACGAGCCUGAUCGAUAUGCUCGUGAAAUGCAAGGCGAAAGGUCCCGCUGCGGAUUGGAGUCCUCUGGAGUUUCUACAGAGAGCCAAUUUCAUCUCGAUUUUUCGACAAGCAGGUCUAGCUGGAACCAAGUCGAACUUAAAUCCCAGAAUCACCACAGCCGAUGUUAAAGACGCAGCAGAGCAUCCAGAGCUGUAUGACAACAAAGACGAAUUGUGUGCAGAUCCUGAGUUUCAGCGUGUUUUAAGAGAGGGAAAGCUCGAGGAAGUUGGUGGUCUCUAUUGGCCAAGGGGUGAAGUGCCGCUCAACUUCGCUGAGCUCAACAAGAAUGGUGGCCGGCCCGGGACUGUGAAUGGAACUCCUUCCAACAUCCAAAAUGCAGGAGCCCCCAACGUGCAUCAGUUCCCAGAGGCAACAAGAUAUCAAGUGCCGAGAGUGAGCGAGGAACGAGAUGAGAGAAGCCCUGACUUCACACCUGGGCACUCGAGACCCGAGACGACGAACCACCUAGAUGAAUCGAGAUUCGAUUACGGAGGCUCAAGCUCUCGGCCACAGCGACCCAGCUGGAGUGCCGUAAACCCGUCUAACGAGCGCAAGCGUCAACGGGUUGCCUACAACGACCGAAGAUGGGGCGAGGAGGAGUAUAUAAUCGAAGCUUACCAUUGA